AUGCAAAUGUUUCUAAAGUUCAUGUCGAGUGAUAAUAAGGAGAAUAAUCAAUUGGAUAUUGUUUAUCAAUUAUCUCAACAAAUUCAAUCCUCAACUAUUAGUUUACUACGUACAGAUUUAAAUAAACUGAUCAAUUCGGAUGAUGACAAUAAUUUGAUUGAUAUCCCAACAUUAUUUUCAAAUGAUCAACUUAAUACUCUAUUAGAUUAUCUACGUUCACUUAGACAAUGGGCAGCAACUAUUCCAGAUUUACUCAGUAAUAAUAAUCAUAAUCAUUCUAUUGAGGAGAUUAAUUCUUGUCGAAAAGUUGUAUAUAAUUCAUUGAAAACUCUUUUAGAUUCAUUAUUUCUAUGUUUAUUUCAAAAGGAUCAAAUCAUUUCAUUCUGGUAUUCUAUUCCUAUUAUGAUACAAUCAAAUAUUAUUCUAUGUAUUUCAAUCUGUAUACAAGUCAUUAUUAAUUUAUUAAGUGAAUCAAUACAAUCCAUUGAAUUAUUCGAUAUUCAUUCAUUAUUUAUUAUCUUAUUAUCUAAUAAUCGUCCAUUAAUAUGUUUAACCAAUUAUGGUUUAACAUUAUGGAAUCAUUAUAAUGAUCAUUCUAUCAAUCAUAAUCGUUUAUCAAGUCAUUAUGCUUAUUUAUUAUAUUUAUUAUUAUUACGUAUUGAACAAACUAUUAAUUAUCAUGAUAAAUUACCUAAAUUAAUUCUUCAAUUAUUACAGAAUAAUUUUAUCAGUAAUAAAACUAUUAUACAAUUUAUUUUAGACCAAUCAUGUAAUACAAUUGAAUCGAAUAAUGAUUCAAUAAAAAUUAUUCAUUUUCAAUUAUUAUUAAUACAAUUAAUGAAAAGUUUUAAUCAAUUUAUUAAAUUAUUAACAUUUAAUGAAAUAAUUACUCAAAUUAAUAUUGAUUUUAUUCAUUUAAUAAUUGAUAUUACUGGAUUUGUUUUAUUAUUAUUAAGUUCUAAUGAACUAACUAAUCAAUGUGAAUUACCGAUGAAACCACAAAAAAUUUUACCUACUAAUAUGAAAUCAUGUUUAGGUUAUUGGUUAGCAUAUCUAUCAAUGUUGGAUUCUUCUUCUUCUUCUUCUUUUUCUCGUCUAAUGAAUGAUACAAUGAAAAUAUUAUUGAAUGAAUGUUCUAGAUUAUCUUCAUUAUGGAUUAAAGAAUUAAUUGUUUGUUCUCCAGAAAAGGAUACAACUAUUCCGGCUAAUAAUAAUACAGUUUCCCUGUUGCAUGUAAACUAUCCUUAUGCUCGAUUACGUGGUUUAGUUCAUAUACUGGCUAGUAUCACUUUUUCAAACUUGGAUAAUAGUAGUAAUAGUAAUUUGAAUACAGACGAGAGUAUUUCAACAAAUUCAGAAGGCAGUGAUAAUGAUAAACAACCUGUCGAUAUUCAAUCAUCAUCCAUACUAUCGUUUCAUCAAGAAAGUAAUCAAUCAUCAGAACAGAACAUGCCAAUCACACAAGAGUAUGCUAGUGAAUUAUUAAAAGUCCUCUGCAAUAUUUUAGUGAUUACACACUAUGCAACUCAUAAAUUUGAGGAAUUUUAUGAUUUACCUGAUUCAAUCAAAGAUAAUUUACCAUUCAAGAAUGAUUUAGUGAAAAAUAAAGAUUUUACUGUUUAUCCAUCAAAAUUAGCGAAGAAAAUGGUCCUACUCUCUACGAGAUCACCCUUUUCAUUAAUUCAAGCUAUUUGUUUUAAACAAGAUGUGAUUCGAUGCAUAGUUGGAUUGAUUACACAAUUUCCUGAACUAUCACUUACAUUAGCCUUACACAAAUUUGACGCAAACAAUUAUAUGAUGGGCGACGGUGAUGAUGUCAGCGAGAAAUUAAUCAGUUCAACAACACCUACACCAUCAUUUUUAUCUGCCUUUGAAGUGAUAUUAGACGCUACAAAUAGGGAUCCAUUCAAUUCAUUCUGUGUUGAAUGGGCUAUUCUCCUGAUCCGGUUAAUAGUAAAAUCAAAUCAAGCACACAGUUCACAAGUGAUAUCCAUUGUGUCUUCAAAAUUGAAAGGAUUAAAUAUAUUAAAUGAUUGAAUAUUGAACAAUUGAAUAUGAGUAAAAUGACGAAUAGAUACUUUUUGUUUUAUUAUUGUACAUUGUGAUUUAUGUAGUUUUAUAUAUGUAUCACAUAAAAUAAAUGAAGUUUAAUGAGUGAAAGCA